GGGCUAUUCUCAACCCGAAUCCACCCCGCUCAGGCGACAGGGCGGGAAUUCCAACAUAGAUCGCUGUUUCCCGGUCCCGGAUCCCGGGAGGUGAGAGUUUUCUUUAGUUCCUGCCCCGGUGCAAACCUAAUUACCAGUUCCAACAGAGCGAUCUUCCGACCUUAGUUCAGAACUAUCUUCGUCUCUCUCCGUCUUCAUCUCCAUGAACCCUUCUUCAGCUCCACCUCCCAAUCAGCUUCACUUCCCGUAUACCCUUCCAAACCCUAAUCCUACCCCUAAUAUCUAUUUCCACCCACUUCACCGCCCGCCGCCGCCACCGCCGUCGUGGCAACCACCUCCGCCUCCUCGUCCACUGCCCGCACCUCCGCUGCAAUCCCAAUACCCCACUGUCGCCGUUCCCGUAGCCACUCCAGUUCGUGAUGUCUCCGCUGCACUCUCCUCUUUGACUGACCUCGUAUCCCUCGCACGGCGAACUCUCGGCUCAGUCUCCACCCUUAUCGAUUCCGAUCCUUCACCUGAAAAUCUGAAUGAGGCACUCGUUCCCUGCCUUUCCAAUCGUCACCAUCUCAUUCCGGCGGAGUCACUCUUCCUUCACUCGCUUCGCUGCCCCUCUCCGGUAUGUGAGGAUCCUACUUCUCUUGUCCAAUCCCUUCACUACCCAAAAACGCUGAACUAUCAGUUCCCCGUUAAAACUCCCUUCGACGAAUCAUCCGAGCAGCAUAAGAAAGGCCAACUAUGCCUCUCUUUAGAAAGUUAUUACCGGGAGUUUAGGUCCAACUUUUUCUAUGAAGAUUGCCCAAGUGCUGUUAACUUGAGGGAGUUGGAGAAUUCAGGGAAAAUGGUUACCGUGCCUAGUGAUUUAUGGGUUGAGUGUGCCGAUUUUGUUGGUAUUAGGGAGGCGAGCAAUCAGAUUUUCGAUGAGAAGAUGUUUAGAAUACUCUCAUCUGAAUCAUGGGCGAUUAAGAGGGAUGUUGAAGGUUGGGUUGAUUAUCCUACGCAGUACUCAUAUGGUAUAUUUUGUGCAGUUUUGAGGUUAAAUGUGGUGAAGAUGAAUGAUUUGGGUCGUUGGAUUAUUAGCAAUUCUCCUAGUUUCGGUUCGGUGAUUGAUAAGUACAUGAGAGAUCACAUCUCUGUGCUUUCUGCGCUGUGUCUGAAAGCAAUCAGAAAGGAAGCUUUGGCCUUGGUGGGCACCGAUAUUAGCAUUGCAAAUUUAUCUUUUCCCUGUCCAAACUCUGUUCAAGCUUUAAAGUGGCUUGCAUCUCAGCUCUCUGUGUUGUAUGGGGAACUUAAUGCAAAAUCCUUCACCAUUUACAUUUUUAAGCAAUGCAUUCUCGUGGCUGCGAAAGAGGCGGUGCUGUUCAGUUUGAAUCUGGAUUUGAAAGGAAUCUCAACAGAUUUAGAUGAGAAUGGGAGUGAAAAUAUGAAAUAUGUUCAGUUUGGAGAGCCUCUUGAAGGGUGCAGUGACCAGGAAAAAUAUAAGAAAGCCAAGUUCAAUGCUGAGGAAGAUAACAUUGGUAUAUCACAAGUGGCAGCCGCAGUUGCUGCAUUGCAUGAGCGGUCCUUACUAGAGGCAAAAAUUAAAGCAUUGCAGAGUUCUCAACUACAACCAUCUUACCAACGGGCAAUCGAGCAUACUUAUGUGUCUGCUAGAGCUGCUGAAGAGCGGAAAAAGCGUCCCAACUACCAAGCCAUUAUUGAGCAUGAUGGUUUCCGUAAGCGAUCAUCCAACCAGGAAACAAGCAGGCCGAAGACAAAGGAGGAGCUAUUGGCUGAGGAAAGAGAUUACAAACGUCGCCGAAUAUCAUAUCGCGGGAAGAAGACAAAGCGAACAACUCUGGAGGUGAUGAGGGAUAUCAUAGAUGACUGUAUGGAGGAAAUAAAGCAAGCAGGAGGCAUUGGCUGCUUUGAGAAACCAGUUGAAGAAGAAUGUGUUCCUUCUGGAUAUCUUCAUGACCCCAAGGUUGUUUCUAUGGAUAUCGGUGGUGGACAUCCAAAAAUUAGUGAAGAAUCAUCAAAAGUGGUUAGAGAAACUAUAGAUCAUCAUCAGAGACAAUCCAACUAUCAACAUAAACAAAGAGCUACUUCAACCUCUGAGUAUCCUUUGUACAAAGAUAUGGAACCUAGGAAAAACAGGGAUCAUGGCAAACGUGUCAGAGAUUGCAGGAGUCCAGAAAGGCAGAGAAACCGUGAUAAUGCACAUGAGUCGUCUGGAGGCAAGCAUCAUCACAUCAGGUCUAGUAAGUCCAACAGUCGAAUUGACCAGUCAUUGUCCAUUGAUGGCUCAUAUUCUAGCAAUAUCCCCCAUUUGCUUAAUAAGAAACAUAAGGUGUCUGAUAAGGGAGACAGUGACAGAAGAAACUCGUAUUCACGUCACCGUAGUUCAAAUCAUGAGGCACCAGGUUUUGAGGAUAGAUAUGAUCCCACAAGAUCUCCUUGAGAAACUGAAGGCAUGAUGAACGAGUUGAAAGUUCUGCAGCAUGUUGUUCCUCACCAGCUCACAAACUUUUCCACCCAGGUUAUGAUGUUGGGGGUCACUGAUUACUGGGUAAGUUGUUCUGGUUGAUUUUGGAGCAUGUUACAUGUGUGAUACUUUGUUCACCGGUCUUGACUUGCAGUGUUUUACACAGCUGUGCAGUAGAAAAAAGUCGUGAGGAUUCGACAGUUUUAUAUCCACUUCUGUAUCCACCCCUAUAUCCUUGAAGCGUUUUGUGCUUUUAAUGUAUCGGCUUUUUGCUUCUGCUGAGUUUUUGUUCUAGCCUUCUAGGUUAGGUCAUUGAUAUUAGUUCUUUACUUCUUUUAGGGGCGAUAAAACACAUAACAGUCACAUGUUAGAGCAAUAGGGUAGUUCCAUAUACUAACAGAUGUUGUACAUGUGCAUUGGCAUAGAUAUAGAGGUGAAAGCAUUUAUUUUCUAGGGUGAAAUUGUUUUACAGAUAGCAUCCUGUUGCACGUAGAAGAUUAUGGGGCAGAAACACAGUACCUGGAAUACAUGAACCUGCAGGAGGGAGUAAUGGAGGGAACAAUACCAGUAAUAGUAGUACAGACUUGAAGUAUCGAUUGCUUGUUUCAAUGUGAACUGCAGGGGAGUUGGAUACUCCAUAUAUGGGAAUUCAAAGUUUUCAUUUUAUGUGAAAAAUUGGAGGGAACGAGCCCAAAUAUUUGAAUAGGGUUCAGAUGACAGACUCGUGGGAGCAAAUAGUGUUUUGUUGGAUUUGAGAAGUUGUAACACUUCUUGGAUGUGUGAUUUUUUUUUUUUUUUUUGUUGAAGUGGAUUGUGGAAUGAUUGAUCGGUCUUCCGAUAUUUUGACUUCCCUAGAGACGAGUUGAUUAGAACGAGAUCGUAACGUUACAGGUUUAAAAAUAUAUCUGUUUGGUG